CAGAAAAGAGGAUUUCCUGAGUCGUGUGUUGUUUGGAACUACUUUCACUUCCUUUCCCACCAGGAAUAAAAGUUGUCUCCACAAGUCUGAUCUGUCGGACAAAAGACAGCUGCUAGGAUGAUCUCCUUCCUGGUUGUAGCCCUGCUGGCGUCCCCACUAGCACCCUCCGUGACCUCCACCAGCGCACGACUGGAGGUGACCUCAGGACAUUCCCGGGUUUUCUCCGGUGAACAGGUCCAGCUGAGAUGCAGCAUCAGUGACAGCCACAAUUCCACUUGGGACUACUUGUGGUUCAAGGACUCCAAGCGGCUCCCGCAAAAUAGCGAGACUCCGACGUUGACGCUGAGAGGCAGCAUCGCUGAGAGUGGAGCGUUUCAAUGCCAGGGCGUCAGGGACACGGCGGUGGGAGACAUUUUCACCCUCAAAAGCCCGCCUGUGGACAUCAAUGUGGACGGAGGUUGGGCCAUUCUCCAGGGCCCCCUGCAUCCCGUCCUCGUCGGCGAAGCCAUGAACGUGACGUGCCGCGUCCGGGGCAGCCCGCCGCUCCACGAGGUGAUUUUGUACAAAAAUGGCGUGGCGGUCACGACCCAGAGUGACUUCAGCCCGCGUUUGUACCUGCCCCGCUUGAACCUGGAGGACCAGGGACUGUACUCCUGCAGGGCCUCGUGGGACAACCACGGACAGACGUAUUCCGGGAUUUCAGCCGGCGUUCAAGUUCAGGUUUUGGAGCUUCUGACACAACCAGUUUUGGAGGUGGUUGCAGACAACGACUUGCUUCAGGUCGAUCUCAUGAAGCUGGUCUGCAGAGUCCAGUACAACGCCCGCGCCCCGGCUCCGCCCAUCAACUACUACUUCUACAAGGACAACAGGCGAGUGGGGACGGCCACCUCGGAGAACUUUAACCUGGUCAAACGCACCCCCGGCCUGUACAGCUGCAAGGCCAAGGUGCCGCAUUUGGGUCUCUCCAAGUGGAGCGAGGAGGAAGCAUUUGAAGAGUGACCCUAAACAAAAGGUUCCACUUCCUUCUAUUUUGCAGGUUAGGGUUGUACUCAAUAACUGACCUACCAUUGCACACUUUGUUUUUUUUUAUGACUUUAAAUUGACCGGAAAUAAAGAUUAUCAUAACCAGCUUUAA